AUGCCCGCCGCUCAGCCCACCGCAAAGCAGCAGUCGCAGCAGCGCAAGGCGCCUCGCCGCCACUGCGACGGCGGCCAGCCCAGCUGUGAAAAAUGCAAGGCAAAGGGGAGGGAGUGCAAGUACUCCCAGGAUGAGGACAAGAGGAGAGUCUCGCUGCGCAAUGCCAUCGAGAUCCUCUCUGCCCGAGUGGACCAGUUGAGCCAGCACAUUCUCAACAACGGCCUCCAGCUCCCGCCCAUGGACCCCGAGGCUGCCGCGAGCCUCGGACGCAUCCUCGACGUCUUGCGCCUGCCCGCUGCAAACUCUUCAGCCAUAAAGGCUGCGACCUUCGCCGCGCCCAAUCAACCCGCAGACCAUGGUCCCACCGGCCUGGACUUCGCCCCCGCCGGCUUUGACUGGAACUUCCUCGACGGCCAAUCGUGGAGCGCUCAGUUCAACCCUCCUGCCAACGUCAGCCAAGGUUUCAACACCGGCGUAGAUCCUGCCGCAGUGUCCAGGCCGUCUGUCUCAGAUUCCGCUCAGCCGACGAGCCAAGCGUUUACCACUCCUCCCGCGAGUCAGCCGUUUGCGUCGCCGCCUACUCAGGCCUACACUUCGCCGCCCGCCGCCCAGCCGCUGACUACCCCUUCAACCACCCAGCCCUACACUUCUCCGUCGCAGGCCCAGGCUGUCCCCACCAUCGAGCAACAUCCAGGCCUGACCGACAGCUCCGCCGACGAUGCUGACGACGACAGCGACGAUGAGCUGAUCAAGCAGAUUUCUACCCGCAUGGGCUCUUUGCAGCUUGCACCAGACGGCCACUUGCGUUACUAUGGAGCCACUUCAAACAUUCUCUGUGACUUCCCGGACACUGACCACCACCAGACCAGGCGAUCCGUCCGCAAGGAAGGCCGGGAUGUCUUGGAAGCGAACAAUCUGGACAAGGCCGUAGACCCGGCCAUCGAGGAGCAUCUCAUCAAUCUCUAUUUCGCAUGGCAGGAUCCCUUCUUCCACGUCGUCGACGAAAAGAUGUACCGGGUUGGCAGGGAAGAAUGGCGUGUUCAGAAGAGGGAUGUUGGCUACUAUUCCGAGGUGCUGACCAACGCCAUGUGCGCUGCUGGUGGCGCCUUUGACGCCCGCUAUCACCCCAAUUUCGUGACAUGGCCCAAAUCUCUCGCCGACUACUUUGCAGAUCGGGCCAAAGCUCUGCUGGAACUCGAGAUGGACAGUCCUUGUCUGGCUACCGUGCAGGCCCUGGUCAUCUUGGGAGGCCAUGAAAUGGCAUGCAAGAGGGAUGCGCGUGGCUGGCUUUACAGUGGCAUGGCCAUGCGGCUUGCGUUUGACCUUGGUCUUCAUUUGGAUAUGACGGACUAUGUCAGGAAGGGAAAGAUCUCUGCGGUGGAAGCCGACAUCCGUCGAGCGACGUUCUGGGGCACCUACAUUGUGGACCACCUUUCCGGAUUCUAUUAUGGCAGGCCUGUCAGGAUUAAUAACGGUGACAUCUCCGUGACGAAGCCCUCGACAGAGCAGGCCAAUGUCAUCAUGAGCGCGUGGGUACCGUAUGGCUCCCAUUCCCCCAUGGCAUCGGAUCCCACCUUGUGCUACCAGGUCCCCUUGGAAUUGGUCAGCAAAGCAUCCGUGGAGCUCUGCGAGACCAUGGAGCCCCUGGGCCACGUUCUUUACGGAGUCUCCAAUAUCUCUAGACAGGAACUCCACGUUCUUUCCUACCGGGUGACGGGCGAAAUGCUCGAUUGGAAGGCGAACUUGCCACCUCCCCUGCAGGUCAACUACCAUGAUACCCAAACCGCCUACCUACCCCAUGUCUUAAUGCUCCAUAUGCUCUAUCAUCAGAUGAUGAUCUACAUCCACCGGCCAUAUGUCUCAAAAACUUACAUCCAGCCAAUGCCGCCACAGGGUCCCGGCCACAUGCACGCUCAGCAAAUGUGCAUUGAGUCGUCGACCGCCAUCGUUGAUCUUCUUCGUCUGUAUGAGCAGCGCUAUACAUUCCGCCGCAUGAACAUCCAUGCCGUCUCUGUCAUUUUCACAACUUCACUCAUCCUGAUCUUCAUCAUCUGCUCCAAACAGCGAGGAAGCACGCCUCCGCUACCCGGCGCAAGCCCAAACGGCACAAAGCAACGCGGCAAGAGCCUUGCCAACACGCCGGCAGAAAACGCCAUCGCCCAGCUCAGCGUCUGCUUCCGCGCCUUGGAGGAUCUCACCCAAUCGUACGACUCGGCCCGCCGGACCCGCGAAUUCCUCGUCGCUCUGCAGCAGCGUUGGCAACAGCAAGCCCAACGCUGGCACCGCGGCAACAGCGCCGGCGGCUCCAAGCGCCAAUUGAAGGACCGGCCGCAACCCGCAAGCCAGCACGAGACGAAGCGACCCCGCGGGAGCACGUACGGCGCCAGUUCCCUGAGUAACGCGGGCGGGCCUGGCGGCGAUGGCGGUGCCGCUGCCCAGCAACAGCAGUCUUUGAACUCGGGACAGCAGCAAAAUCAGUCAGGUGGCGUGGGUGCCGGAGCGGGCGGCGGCAACGGCGAGUUUGACAUCGACUGGAGCGGCUUCGGCGCCGCCGCCCGCGAAGGACACAACAGUCCGGACAGCCUGGGCGACGACAUCCUCGCUCAGCUCUAUUCGAUCAACCCUGCUGGGGUUGCGUUCCCUUGA